GCGCCGAGGCGCACUUUCAGGAACAAUAACAGUGCAGGCGGCGAGGGGCCCGGAGCCGCCGCCGCCGCCCCCCGCCCCAUGUACGCCUUUGUGCGGUUCCUGGAGGACAACGUCUGCUAUGCGCUGCCCGUCUCGUGCGUGCGGGACUUCAGCCCCACGUCCCGCCUCGACUUCGACAACCAGAAGGUGUACACGGUGUACCGCAACCCGCGCGAGGCGGAGGACGAGGACGAGAGCCCCGGCGACUGGGGCGACCGCCUGCUGCUGCACAAGGCCCAGAUCCUGGCGCUGGCAGAAGACAAAACUGACCUUGAAAACAGUGUGAUGCAGAAGAAAAUUAAAAUCCCCAAACUCUCUCUCAAUCACGUAGAAGAAGCUGGGGAGGUUACAGAUUAUGGGGAAGAAGAUGUGGAGCUUAGACACAGUAAGAGACAAGAUGGGAGGAAACAAAGUGAAGGUACACACAAAAGCAUCGAAGCAGUUGUUGCUCGCCUAGAAAAGCAAAAUGGGAUGAGUCUCAGUAGUAGUUCGAGCCCUGAGGAAACCUUUAUGGAGACUUCGGAAGGCAUUAACAACAUGGACGAUGCUGUAAUUCCUCGUGUUCUCUAUGAAGAAUUGUUGAGGAGUUACCAACAGCAGCAAGAAGAAAUGAGACAUAUUCAGCAAGAACUUGAGAGAACACGGAGACAGCUUGUGCAGCAGGCAAAAAAGCUAAAGGAGUAUGGGGCAUUAGUGUCAGAAAUGAAAGAGCUCAGAGACUUGAACAGGAGACUUCAGGAUGUGCUGCUUCUGAGACUAGGCAGUGGUCCUGCCAUUGAACUUGAAAAAGGAAAACCAGAAUCAAUUGAGCCUGAGCCUGAGAUACAGAAAACAUUCAGUGAGGAAGCGAAUACAUCAACAUAUUAUCCUGCCCCUGUUCCAGUAAUGGACAAGUAUAUUCUCGAGAACGGAAAGGUCCAUCUGGGCAGUGGAAUCUGGGUAGAUGAGGAGAAAUGGCACCAGCUGCAAGUAACACAAGGAGAUUCAAAGUAUACAAAAAACCUAGCGGUAAUGAUUUGGGGAACAGAUGUUCUCAAGAACAGAAGCGUCACAGGAGUUGCAACCAAAAAAAAGAAAGAUGCAGUUCCCAAGCCACCUCUCUCACCUCACAAAUUAAGCAUUGUCAGAGAAUGUUUGUAUGACAGAAUAGCACAAGAAACUGUGGAUGAAACUGAAAUUGCACAGAGACUCUCCAAAGUCAACAAAUACAUCUGUGAAAAAAUCAUGGAUAUCAAUAAAUCAUGUAAAAAUGAAGAAAGGAGGGAAGCAAAGUACAAUUUGCAAUAAAUUUUGGAUUUU